UAAAUUAGGAAAUGAAAAAAUUCUUAUUAUUGAUAACAUCAGUUAUUGGUAGUUAUUGCUUAAAUCCAAAUGACUAUAUUACAAUUCCUUUCCUGAAAUUCCCAGAUUCAUUGAGUUAUAAUGUUUUAGAGAUAAAUUCAAUUUUUGAAUAUUUGAUAGCAUGUUUAUACAUAGGGUAAAUUGAUAACCUGAUAUAGAUUAUUCUACUAUUCUAUGUACUUUUGUAUAAGUGAAAUUUUAAUUUGGAGUCAUCCUGCUCCAAAGACUCCAGAGAGAGUAGCUCAAACAAAGGAAGAAAUGAGGAGAGGGAUAAAAGCUCUUUUUUAUGUAAUUUUAUUAACAACAGCAAUUAUAUGGAAAGUAUAACCUUUGAAUCCAUAUUAUGGUUAUUAUGAGACACAUGAAUUUGGAUUAAAAGAAUUCUUUAUUUCUUUAAUCAUGUAAUACAAUAUUAUUAUGUAUUAAGAUAUAUGGUGACUUUUGAUGUAUGGUUUUACACUUCUCAUAUUAUUGGACAUACUCCUUUUUUUUGGAAACAUUUUCAUGGAGAACAUCAUGAAUUUGUAGAAUGUGGAGCAUAUGCUUAAGAUGCAGUACAUCCAGUUGAGGCAUUAAUUUAAGGUCCAAUUGGACAUUUCUUGCCUACAUUUAUUUAUCCAUUUCAUCCAGUAUGUCAUCAUAUUUUUGGAUUACUUACAUCAAUAUAUGCUUAAUUUGCACAUGAUGGAAGAUGGGAUCCUGCAGGACACACUUUACAUCAUUAUUAUUAUUCUUGUAAUUUUAGUAUUUGGGGAUUAUGUGAUUUUAUAUUUGGAACAGGUUACAAUUAAUAAAAGUAUCCUAUACCUUAUAUUCCAACUUGGCUUAGAAGCAAAAUUAAUAAUAAGAAUUAGGAUAAAAAAAUUAUGUGAUA